AUGACAUCCUCACAGCUUGAUGAUCCAGGACCCCAGCAGCAGGUGAUCCUUGCCCUGACAUGGUCAGAAGGUCAACAGCAGCUAGACUUCGGCUUUCCUACAUUUACUCAGAGUUCCAGAGUCAAAGCCAAGUCUGAUUUUGUUGGUUCUUCAUCUCUUAUAAAGUCCAUCUUGCAAGCCUUAAAGCGUAAAGGUCAAGGUUCAAGAUCAAGUGACAUUGAGCUACUCAUAUUUGAAGAUGUUCGCGAUGCUGAAGAUGCUCUUUAUAACCUCAAUAGAAAGUGGGUAUGUGGCCGUCAAAUUGAAAUACAGUUUGCACAAGGUGAUCGCAAAACACCAGGCCAAAUGAAAUCAAAAGAACGUCACCCUUGUUCUCCAAGUGAUCAUAGGAGGUCAAGAAGCCCCAGCCAACGCAGAACUCGAAGUAGAAGUUCUUCAUGGGGAAGAAAUAGGAGGCGGUCUGAUAGCCUUAAAGAGUCUCGACACAGGCGGUUUUCUUAUAGCCAAUCUAAAUCUCGCUCCAAAUCACUACCAAGGCGGUCUACCUCAGCAAGGCAGUCAAGAACUCCAAGAAGGAAUUCUGGUUCUAGAGGACGGUCAAGGUCCAAGUCCUUAGAAAAAAGGUCUAAGUCAAUAGGAAAAUCACAAUCAAAUUCACCUCAAAAGCAGACUAGCUCAGGAACAAAAUCAAGAUCACAUGGAAGACAUUCUGACUCCAUAGCAAGAUCCCCUUGCAAAUCUCCUAAAGGGUAUACCAAUUCUGAAACUAAAGCACAAACAGCAAAACGCUCUCAUUUUCGAUCACAUUCCAGAUCUCGGAGUUACCGUCACAAAAACAGUUGGUGAACAACAAGAAGAGUGCUAGGUAAUCCUUAAUAUAAGUUAUUAAACCUCUCGUUAUGUUAAAUAAAAAUUCUUUAAGGCUUACAGAAAAUGUGAGUUGAUACUAGUUACUUUGGGCAUGUGCAAGAAAUAAAACCUCUCUAGCUUUGGGUUAAUAAAGAUUUGGUCUCAAUUUAAAGGCCCACACCACAAAUUAUGAUGUGUCUAAUGUCGCCAUUUUAUGGACCAUUUUCGUUUAUAUUGUGGCAGAGGGGUACUUUUCAAAGAAAAUGGGUAAAAUGGAACUAAUUUAGAAAAUUCUACUUGGAUAUAAGUGCAGUAGUUCCCCCCUUAUCCAUGGGGAUAUGUUCAAAACCCUCCUGGUUCAAUGCCUGAAACCACAGAUUGUACCAAACUCUAUGUAUACUA